GAACAGGUUCGUCAUGAGAGGAGGCUGCGCUGGCUGGUCUCUCGCCUUCACCCCCCCUCCCCAGCCGCCAAGCAGGAUGUCAUUGACAAUGACCUCUCUUAUUGACGCAUCUUAUUCUGCACUUCCCACUCCUCCAGGUGUCCCGUCCUCCGUCAUUGUGAACCACACCCAGCGCCGUCUUGCGCGCCCAUGCCUAGAGUCUCGCUGAUAUGACCGAUAACUCGCACAAGGUGCAUGAAGCGAAAGAAGUGCACGACUCUGAGCGUCCAACCCACCGUCAAAGGGGCUUUGUCCCUUUCCGUCGGCCUCAGCCACCAGGUUCGGCACUACAUCCGUCAGCUGCGUACAAUAAUCAAUCCUCGGGAACGCCGGACGGCGUCGACGGUCUACCUCCUAGUCAAAAUCCUGUCACAUCCUACCUUGUCCAACAGCAUCAGCAACCGCAAUAUCCUCCUAAUCCUUCAUACCUGCAUCAACACGCUGGCCCACAUGCAGGACACCCUCCACAUGGACCACCCCAUACGCAGGUAGGAGGACCGCAAGGCCGGGAGGAUGGACUGGGCCCCGCACUCCCGCGACCCUUGCCGAACGCAAGGGCGUUGAGCAACCAAAGAUCGGACAUCAGAUACGAGUUGGUGGUCGUGCAGCAGCCCUUGCGAGCGAGAAUGUGCGGUUUCGGCGGCCGAGAUCGACGAUUAGUUGAUCCCCCACCUAUUGUGCAGCUCAUAGCCCGGCACCUGCCUUCAAACCGUAUCAUCGAGCAGAGCGUGACGGACCCACCACUCCUAAUUCUGCACGCAUCCCUGUACAACACGGCUGGAGAUUCGCCCACGAUGAUCAUCGAGACGCCCCGUGGGAAGACUUCGAGCACCUACAUGAAUGCACUGACAGGCUGCCUCGUCUCGAGCGCGUAUAGCUUGACAAACAUACAGGGCCGGCAAGGGGUUUACUUCAUGUUUGGGGAUCUGAGUGUACGCGUAGAGGGCACGUUUACACUGUUGUUUAAACUGUGCAGCAUAGCUGGAUCAAUGCCGAGUAGUUCGGAAGCCAAUCACCAUUCCAAGCACUUAAUAUCGACGGACGUUACGACUGUCAUCACCGAUAUUCUUUCAGAUCCAUUCAUUGUUUACACUGCCAAGGAGUUCCCGGGAAUGUUAGAAUCAACUCCCCUCACCAGGUGUUUCGCCCAACAAGGCAUCCGCCUCCCCGUCCGAGGCGAGCGCCGCCGGACAAGCAAAGCAAUCGAAGCAGCUGCCCUAGCCGCAGUAGCAGCCGCCGCCUCCGGGCCCAGCGCCAAAGAAGACGGCGUCAAAGUAGACGGCGUCAAAGUAGACGGAGUCGAUGGAGAGAUCCCAGACGGCGUAGCCGACGACGGCGAAGCCGAGGAUGGCACCCCCAACGAAGUAAACUCAAGCUCCGCAAAAGUCGUAUAGACCAAGCAAGAAGAAUUGGAGCAAGGUUGUGUAUCUCUUGUGCGUGUGCAUAUAUGGGUCUCCCCACCUUGUGUGUCAUGUAACAUAUGGGAUUUUUCAUUAAAAUCCCCCGCGGCCCCACGUGUAUUGAUUUCGUUUCCCAGCCCUGUCGUAUCUGCCCUGUAGACCAUUUUCGUAGGGCUGGGUAUCCCUGUUUCCCUUUUUUCUUUUACAUUAACCUCAUCACAACAAAUGAACAACGGCUGACACCUCAG